AUGGAUGGCGAAAGGUACAGCCCAAGCUUGAUCCGCCUCUGGAGGGUCUGGCGCACCACCAAGGAGAUGAUGAACGACCGGGGUUACAUGGUGGUUGAGGAUGACAUGAACAUGUCGCUCGAGGAAUUCUCACGGAGAUAUGCGCGCGAAGACGGCGAGCCUGACCGCUCGCGCCUCAACUUUUCCUGCCAACCCUCCGAGGAAAUGAUCGCAAAGUACACCGACGCCCCGACCAAGAAGAACCCCAAUCCUACCCCCAACAUCGGUACCAUCUGGGUCGAGUUCAAUGCCGACGAGAACGUGGGCAUGAAGCAGCUGCGCGAGUACAUGGCACAUCUGGUCAACGGCUCCUUUCACUCCGGAAUCAUGGUCACCGUCAAGGCCAUGACCGGUAUGGCUAUUCGACUUCUCCGCGGCGCCACGAGCAUCACCGACGGUCCCAAGGGCGGCGUAGAGGUCUUUGUCGAGCAAGACCUGUUGGUGAACAUCACAAAGCACGAGCUUGUACCCAAGCAUGUGCUGCUGAGCGACCAAGAGAAGCAACAACUGCUACAGCGAUACCGUUUGAAGCAGACUCAGCUACCCAGAAUCCAGUCAACGGACCCGGUUGCAAAGUACUUGGGCCUUAGGAGAGGCGCUGUUGUCAAGAUUAUCCGAAAGUCCGAGACAGCAGGUCGUUAUGCUAGUUACCGAUGGGUCAUUUAA